AUGCGUUGCGCCGCCUUCCUCCUUCCCGCGCUUGCCGCCGCCAGCCCUUUGGGCGCUGCCACCCCCGAUGGCUGGGCCGAUGCUCCGGACCCGGCGCAGAUCCAGGUUCUGAGCGCCACCUUCUCUGGCAAUGGCUGCCCGCAAGGCACCGUAUCGACGAGCAUCUCGCCCGACAAGACUGUCAUUACAUUCGGCUUUGACAAGUUCCAAACCUACAUCGGGCCUGGCUUCAACCCAACUGAGAAGACCAAGAACUGCCAGCUUCAUCUGAACCUCAAGUACCCCGGCGGGUUCCAGUUCUCCGUUGUCGAGAGCACGUACCACGGCUACGCCCAGCUUGAUAAGGGCGUCACCGGAACCUUCUAUAGCACGUACUACUUCAGCCAGGACGCUUCGGCGACCACGACCACGCAGACGUCCAUCACGGGCGGCGGCAUCUGGGCGCAAGGCCAGGUGUACACCAAGUCGGACAAGAUCCCCACUGCGAGCUACAUCUUCUCGCCCUGCGGCGCCAACGGCAUUCUCAACAUCAACAACCGCAUUGCGCUCACCAGCUCCAACAGCACCGCCACCGGCGAGGUCACCGACGACGAUGCCACCGUUGCUUUCACCCAGCAGAUCAACAUCAACUGGAGAACCUGCAAGAAGUAA